AUGAGCUUNUUAAUGUUAGAUAGAUCACACUCAUUAAACAAAUAUAUCGAAAACAUAAAAUAAUCUAAUCAAAUUUAUACUAAUGUUUAUGGAUUGUAAAAGGGAGAAUAUGAUUUAAUUUUAGAAUUUGCAAAAAAAUAAAACAUUAGUGUCUCUUAGGCUGAAAAUGAUUUUCAAUUUAUCAAAUCAAAGAAAAGAACUGCUAAAAGCAUAACCUAUCAUGAAAAUCCAUCGAUGAAGAGAAUUCAUAGAAGAAAAUAUGUAGAUGACGAUGAUGUAUAUGGAGUUAGACCAAAUAGGAUAUCACCAUCUGGAGUUCAUCUGAAAAACAAAUUGAUAAUAUGA